AUGGCCUCUUUAUCUGCUCCUUCUUCAGACCUUGAUAUUCAUGAGCCUACUUCUGAAGUUGAGACGUCAACCUCAGCAAGUUCAAACUCUAUAAACACUCGUAAAAAACGUAAAAGUAAAAAUAAUCAAAGUAACAGAAUUAAUAAAAGUCACAUGACUUACUUUUUUUCUCGAGAUCCUAAUGACAAUAAUAUCGCUUAUUGCAUGAUAUGUAAAGAUCUCAGUAAUACCAAUAAAAAGCCUUAUCCUUACAGUCGUAAAGGAGGUACGACUUCAAACAUGGCUAGUCACUUACGGGAAAAACAUGGUAUAACGAAACAAAAUUAUCGAACAUAUUUAGAUGCAAAUAAUGAACCAAAAGAAAAUCAAGUAUUUCUACCACAAUGUAGUAAAACCCGCCAAGAA